AAUGUCAGUAUGACUUGUUGGACACUGUUCAUCCGAUCUGAUCCUGCUGCAUUGCAGUCCACAAAUUCAAUCCGCCUCCACACAUCAAACAAAGCAUCCAAUCUUAUCUUGCUGUACGCAGCCAGUUAGCAAUACACCAAUACGAGCAGCAAUCAAACCCACCACCAACAAAAUGUCGCUCAUCCAAGCAGUGCAGGCUGGCGAUACUGCGCGCAUCGAGGCGCUACUAUUGCAGGCUGGGUUGACUGGAGGAGCGGCAGCAGGAGCAGGAGCAGUUGAAGUGAUGACGGUCGCAGCAGCAGCAGCCCCCACCACUACCACUACCACUACCACUACCACAACCACGACCACAAGUCCAAGCACUGCGUCUGCUGCUGACAUGCUCGGCGCAACGGACGCGACCGGUCGCACGCCGCUCAUGCUCGCGGCAGUCGGGCGCGCUGUUGCCGGGUCCCCGCUGGCAGCCGCUCAAGGGCAGCACGACGCUCGCGUCCUGACACUCAUCCUCAGGGCGCACCAGGCCAUCACGGACCAGCAGCAACAACAACCACAAGAAAGCUCUGCCAAUAGCAGCAAAAAGUGCCCGGACUACCUGCGAAGGAGAUCGCGCAACGGCUGGUCGGCGCUGCUCUGGGCGUGCAAGACGGGCACGCUCCCAUCCGUGCAGGCGCUGCUGGACGCAGGCGCAAAUCCAUGCGACAAGAGCACGGAACCGCCACAAAUUAGCGCGGUGGCAUUGGCGUGCGAGGCGGGUGCGCGCGAGACCGUUCAGUUGCUGCUCGCGCGAGGCGCCCGGACUGCGCUGCUCGGAUCGCCGGAUGUUGGUGCAUGGGCUGUCAUGCACGCCAUCAAGCACGGAUGGAUUGACGAUGCGCUCGAGUGGGUUGCCGCGGGAGCCAACCCGCGAGGCGUAUUUGCAAAGCGACAGACAUUGCUCCACUUGGCCGUUCAGCACAACCAGAUGAGGCUCGUCGCCGCAUUGAUUGCCAAGGGGGCAAACGUCAACUUGCUCGACCAGUACAACAUGUCUCCGCUCCUUGUCGCCGUUCAUUCGAGCGCCAGCAACGAAAUUCUCGCCGAAUUGAUCCGGGCAGGCUCGCGGCUGCACGACAUUCACUAUACACUCGACAACCAGUCACCGCUGGGUUACUUUGCGGGCCAGCGAGGCGAGGCGGCACUGGCUGCGCUCAAAAGUCUCUUGCAGCACGUCCGCAAGGAGCAAAUUCAGGCCAUGGACCACAAGCCAUUAUUUCGCGCGCUCAGCAUUGGUUCCUCCGACGCGGUCGAGCUGCUGCUCAAGGCGGGCGCCAAUCCCAAUCUCGGGGCGCCUUCCGGAGAGUCGCCGUUAAUGUUUGCCGUGAGUCUCUCGACUGCAGCACUUCCGCCGUCCCCCGACGCGCUGCGCUGCGUGCAGCUGUUGCUAGCUCACGGCGCCUGUUCGGAUGAUACUCGAGCGUCGUAGCAGUGAUGCACGGGAGCAUUUUGAGAAUGAAAGUGUCCGCUGCUGGUUCAGCGAGAAGCUUUUUUUUUUUCAAGCCAUUUUUCAGAACUUUUUUUCUUUAUCAGUUCAGUCCACCAGAAAGGGCCUUCUCCAAAACCGACUCGCCCUCCUGUGAGAGUACAAGUCAAUGAAUUGGAGACUAAUUUAUUUCGAUGCCAGGCG